UUGCAUCCUCCUUUCCCCCUUCAAUUAUUAGCCGCCUCUCUUUCGAUUCCGGUUCUCUACUGCGGCGGAUCGCAAUCACGAUAUUGGCUCGAUCGCAUGGCGGAGGCUUCGAUAUGUCACCUCGCUGAGUCCAGAUAAGUUUGACUCUCCUCCGGUUCCCAUUGCUUGUGAUCUGGAGUCAGGUCUGGGGAUUUCGCAUCGGAGUUGGUUCCUGAGCUCGGAAGUGGAUUCGUUGGUUGAUUUGGUGUAGAAACUGCGAGAAACGUGGGAUUUUGAUGGGGUUCCUUUUCAGGUCUGAAUAUUGUGAAGAAUCGUAGCUUUUUUGCAAGGAAAAGUCACUGACUUGUAUUAGAGAGAGGAAAUAAAAUAUUUUGGUUGGGCGAUUCUGUUUCUCAAGUCACAAAAUGGAGGGGAAUUUGCCUGCUGGAAGCAUGAUCCCAGGAGUUUCCUAUGGUAUGCUAGGUUUGCAAGGAAACAUGCAUAACCAUCAAAGCUCAAUGAUCCACCAGUCUAUGCAUGAUGAUUUCCCGAUGUCAGGCAAUCACCUGCAAGGAUCUGAUCAUCGAACAGGGGCUUCUGUCAUGGAUUACAGUAAAGGACAGCAUAACAAGACCUCCGUGAGCGAUGAUGACGAACCUAGCUUCAAUGACGAUGCCGGCGACGGCCAUCAAGAGGCUGGGAAAGGGAGGAAGGGAUCCCCAUGGCACCGCAUGAAGUGGACUGAUAGGAUGGUCAAGCUUUUAAUAACUGCUGUUUCUUACAUAGGCGAAGAUGCUACUUCUGAGUGUGGAGGGAGGAGGAAGUAUGCAAUCUUACAGAAAAAGGGGAAGUGGAAGGCCAUAUCAAAAGUGAUGGCCGAGAGAGGUUGUUAUGUUUCGCCUCAACAAUGCGAAGAUAAGUUCAAUGAUCUAAAUAAAAGGUACAAGAGACUCACCGAUAUUCUUGGCAGGGGCACAUCUUGCAAGGUUGUUGAGAAUCCAGCAUUAUUGAACCGUAUGAAUAACCUUUCUGAAAAGAUGAAGGAAGAUGUAAGGAAGAUUUUGAGCUCAAAACAUCUUUUCUAUGAGGAGAUGUGCUCGUAUCAUAAUUGUAACCGAUUGAAUUUACCCGCUGACCCAGCACUUCAACAUUCACUCCAGCUGGCGCUACGAAGUAGAGAUGAGCACGACACAAGGAGGGGCUCGCACGAAGAUGUCGAUGAAGAUGAUCAAAGUUCUGAUAGUGAUGAUGAGGAAGGAGAUGCUGAGGAGCAUAAUGCAGUGCGUGGUGACGUAUCAUGCUUUCCAAAGAGGAUGAAGCUUGGGGUGGACCAUGAGGCAGCAGUUUUUGGAAACCCAUCAGCUUCACACGGUUGUGGUAGAGGCCUCCAACCUCAAGGUUUGGCAGUCGAUAUGAACCAGGUGUUGCCAGAUGGAUCUAAAUCCACACUAGGACAACAACAAUGGGAUAAUUCUUAUUCUCUUCAGCUCGAAGAGAAGCGGUUGCAAAUUCAAGCUGAGAUGCUGGAACUUGAGAAGCAACGCUACAAGUGGCAAAGGUUUAGUAAGAAGAAAGACAGAGAACUAAACAAGAUGAGGAUGGAAAAUGAACGAAUGAAACUUGAGAAUGAACGUAUGUCCCUUGAGUUAAGGCAAAAGGAGAUAGAAAUGGAUCUCAUGUUAAAGAGGACCUAGCUAAGUUCCUUGGACACUCUGAAACUGUGCACCACCAAUAAGGUAAGCAUAGGUGAUUCGAGUCAUUUACUUGUAGCCAAGCUUUGAGGGUACUUUUUUUCUAGUAAAAGUACCAGUAGGCUUGUUAUAAUAGCAAUGAAACUCUUUUCUGAAAAUUCGAACUUCAACUUCUUCCCAAUGGCCUUGUAACUGAAGUAUCUUAAAAUUUUUCUCUUUCUCUAUAUUGAAUUGUUUUCCUUUCCUAUCAAA